GGAAGUCUUCAUUCCUUGCUGCUGCUGUUAUCGGGCAAAAGUUUGGGUGGUUAAGCUUAUGCGAUGUUUGACAAGAUGAAGUCUUCCAGAAUAACUUUUAUUGCUUGGCUGCUCGUGUGCCUUUGGGAUCAAUCAGCCGGUUACCCAAAUGGGAAAGUAUCCGAAUCCUGUGACUCUAUGUUGCCUCUUCAUGGAAGGUCGCCUCAGAAAUUUCCCAAGCACACCAUUGAAGUGAAUGUGACCGAAUUUAAGCCAGGAGAUCACGUGAAAGUCAGUUUUUCUGGGCCCACAUUUCAAGGCUUUUUGCUAGAAGCUCGCAAUGCUGACCGCUUGGAUGACCCACCCAUUGGUUCUUUUGCAUUAGCUGAUCGGAGACGAUCUCAGCUCCUUAGAUGUGGACGUGUAAAGAACUCAGCUGUUAGUCACACCAGUAAAUCUAAGAAAAACCAUAUGGAUGCUUAUUGGAUUGCUCCUAGCGAUGCGCCAAAGAAAGUACAAUUUCUACUCACAAUUGUACAAAAAUACAUUAUCUACUGGGUAAAAAUCCCUGGUCCUAAGAUUUCUCAACCAGGUAUACUUCCUUUCACAACAAUAAUGUCUACUAAUUGGACCAUUCCAGCAUCCUUGCCUGUCUCUUCCCUAAGCCAACCAUUCAAUUCUUCAGAUUGCGGAGAUCACAAGUUCUGUGUGAGAAAUCCAACACGUUGUGACCCUAAAGCCAACAAUUGCUUCUUUCUCUCCUUCAAGCAAGAUAAUGACUCAGUAUGGUUUGAAAUGAGUGGUCCCAGUGAAGGCUAUAUUGCCUUUGCCUUAUCUCAUGAUCAAUGGAUGGGUGGUGGUGAUGAUGCAUAUUUUUGCAUUAGUGAAGUUUAUUCUGUUAACAUGAGGACAGCUGCCCUGGUUGGGCGAUCUUAUCCAGAAUUUAACUCGAAGAAUGCUUUGGAGAAUAUAACUUGGAAACUGGCUGAUGGCCUUAUCCAGUGUGCUUUCAGAAGAAAAAUUCACCUCCCAGCUUCUACAGGAAGAUAUAAUCUGGAUGCAAACUAUUACAUAUUUCUGGCUGAUGGUGAAAUCAGUACAGAAGGUGAAAUCUACAAACACCAACAACAGCCUCUGAUCACAAAUGGAAAAUACAACAUUCUCGGUCCAUUAAAAGAUAUUGGAGGAUCCCGCUCUCCAUUCCUGAUCAAAAUGCAUGGUGCCCUAAUGUUUGUUGGAUGGAUAACCGCAGUUAGCAUAGGGGUGAUUGUUGCCCGGUUUUUCAAGUCUGUCUGGCCUCAUACUCUACUGUUUGGAGAAGAGAUUUGGUUUCAGAUCCAUCGUUCCUUGAUGAUGAUAACAGUAUUGGUCACAAGCAUAUCUUUUGUUCUUCCUUUUAUAUAUCGAGGAGGCUGGAAUAAACAAGCAGGUUUUCACUCCUAUUUUGGCUCCACUGUGAUGGCUCUGGCACUUUUUCAGCCUCUUAUGGCAGCGUUCAGACCCCCCCAACAAGCACCAAGAAGGCAGAUUUUCAGCUGGUUACACUGGAGCGCUGGCACAACUGCUAGAAUAUUAGCCGUGGUAACAAUGUUCCUGGGAAUGGACUUGCCAGCUCUCAACCUUCCUCCUUGGGAUACGUACGCAAUGAUUGGAUUUGUAGCUUGGCAUGUUGGAAUUGAUGUGCUUCUGGAGUUACAUGGCUACUGCCUCAUCCGCAAAGUUGAGGUCUUGGAAGAUGACAGGGUACAAAUAUUGCAAUCCAUAUCUUCUGCAGAAGCCCAGGGCCAUACAUUUAAAAAAACAAUGCUGUUUAUCUACAUUUGUGGCAACAUAGCAUUCCUUGUCACCUUCAUAACAGCAGUUGUGCAAGUAUGAUUCCACAAAAGCCUUGACUAUUCUAUAGUUUGUCAUUACAGUUCAAAAUAACUUCUUACUGGAUUUUAUAACUGUCAACGGAACUUAUCUUCCAUUCAAGAUGUGAGAACAACUCUUCACCACACAACCAUUGAAGAGCAAACUUUGUUGGUCUUGAUAAGAAUCUGUCUUGGGCUUCUUCCUGAGUUAACUACUUGCUUUAAUGUUGUAUAUUUAUAUUCUGUAGCUUUACCUGUUACCUGAAAACUAGGAGAGCAUCUUAUUUUGAGCCAAUGGACCAUUGUUAGUUCAUUUACUCAUCUGAAGAUAUUUCAUCAAGUUCCAGGACGUACCUGUCAGAUGUGGCUGAUAUUUCACACACAGUAGUUUUUCUUGUGGUAAAACCUGGUCUUUGGUGACCAUGUGGUCCACAGCAUAUCAAAAUUGGAAGAUGAUAAGAGUAUAAUGAUGAAAGAUCCACCUCUUUUGAACAUGAGCACAUAUAUACAAAACAUAAUUGCAUUGCAAUUGCAAUGAUUGUUCAGUCCCACCCCAAAGAUGCUGCUGCAUGUGCCUCAUGUUUCAUACAUGUUGUCUUCCCUCUCACACACACACAAUCACUAUUUUAGUAUUGUGAAGCUCAUCUCCAAGUACAUUUUUUUACAAGAAGCUCUUUCUGGAUUUUUUUUUUUUUGAAUUCAAGAUAUUUGUAUGAGAAUACGCUUUUGAAGUAUUUAUUACAGAUUUUUACAGAUUGAGAUGUGCAAUGACACUUGUUAUUCCAAGAGUGAUGACAAUUGUUUGAAUGUUGUGGUUUCUUGUCACUUCUAAACACUUGAAUAUAUUUGUAGACUACCUCUUUCUCUUGAAAGUAACUAGGCACUAUAUAGAUUGUCCUCUUUAGCAUGUAUUUAAUAAAUGAUGGCUAAUAUAUUGUUGCUAAAGUUAGGAUGAUCUCUAAUUGUAUUCAUCCAUUGGUGUCCCCCUUUGUUACAGACCCCCAUGUGUGUUCUACAGGGUUAAAAAAAACUUCUGGAGAAGUCAAAAAUAUGUAGGUGAUGCUGCUGGGUUUGGAAAAGCUGGGAAUUAGAUGGCGCUGCGUAUGGAAAUAGGCUAAAAAUGUUAAGUGUAAAAUUCCAGUCCACAUUGUUAAAUGGCAAUGUAAGUCAGACUUUAGGAUUCCGAUCCUAAAAGAAACAGCUCAGUCUCUUUGACGUCAGACUCUUUCCAUUACUUAUUAUGCUCCAUAAAUAUGAUGUCCAUGACCAGAAACGCUGUAGUUUUAUAGACGUUAUGUUGCAUACCAGUGGUUUAGUAUUUUUAAUUUUAUGAAAUUCUUGUCCCAAUUUUUGAAGGGAAUUUCUUUAUAACUUGUAAGCAAGUGUUUAACCAAAUACAUAGCUGCUAGUCGUAUUACUAUCCUUCACUGCAAAUGUAUUUGCCAUUAAAGAGUUUGUUCACCUGUUAAGUACGGAGUGUUGUGUCUUCACAAAUUUCCAUGACUUAGUAUUUAUGUAGCGUAAUUUUGCUAGGGAUUUUUCUCUAGGCAGCAACUGUAUCCAAUCACCUAUGAAUCAGUGACUGAAAACUUAAUAAAGAUAACAUUGAAAUAAUACUGAAUCUGUGAGAAUUGUGAUGUUUAGAAAUGGGAAGAAAAGCUUGCUAAUUCUGUGUCCCUUCUGUGUCCAUUCUAGUUAUUUUGAAAUACUGCUGGUUCCAACCUUGCUUUUAGAUCAGAAAAUAUUAGGAAGGUGGCCACAGCAUGGUCUCCGAAUGCGCUUCAAGGUGCUGGUUAUUACCUUUAAAGCCCUACAUGGCUUGGGACCUGGAUAUC